ACCUUUCCCAGGCUCCUCCACUUCCCCUUCACUUUCCAAAAAUGGUGUGUGUACUCCUUUAAGAGGCUGGGCGUGCCUCCCUCCCUCUCCAGAGUCGACUGAAGUUUCCAAGGAGCCUCCUCUAGCUGGGCUGGACACACCUUUCAAAGACCCCAAAUCGUGCUCUGUGCGCAUCAAACGCUCCUUUGCCCUGAGUGUUCCUCUGCCCCAUCCCCGACCUCCCUCUUCUCAACUACGAGAACCAGCCUCUCCCCCAGGGGCUUGAGCAUCCUCGAGGUUUCCCACCCUUAACUGCUCCGUCUCCGGAUGGAGCGGGAGAAAUGUGGUGGGGGGGCCGGGGCCAGAGUUUCAACAUCGCCCCCCAGAAGGAGGAGCCAGAAAUGGGGCCCUCUGGACCAAAGUCUGUCCAGGGGAGUGGGAUGCCGGAGCCCGGGAGUCGUCAGCUUGGCAGUUGCCUGGCCUCUGGAUGCCUCCCAGGGGAGCGGGUCCUAGCCUGGGCCCCAGGGGUACGGAAGGGGCUGGACCCUGAAUUGCCUGGAACCCUGAUCUGCACCAACCUGAGGGUCACCUUCCAGCCCCAUGGAUGGCAGCGGAGUCAGGAGACUCCCCUGAGCAGUGAGUAUGAUUUUGCCCUGGCCAACAUUGGGCGAUUAGAGGCUGUGAGCAACCUGUCUCGAGUUCAACUCCACCGUCCAGGGUCCCUGCUUAAAUUUAUCCCUGAGGAGAUCCUGAUUCAUGGCCGAGACUUCCGGCUGCUCAGAGUUGGUUUUGAGACUGGAGGACUAGAGCCUCAGGCUUUUCAGGUGACCAUGGCCAUUGUCCAAGCCAGAGCUCAGAGCAGCCAAGCCCAGCAGUAUGCAGGGAUAACCCUGAGCAAGGCUGGCCAGAGUGCUGGCUCCAGAAAACCACCCGUUCCUCUCUUGGAGACGUCAGAAGACUGGGAGACUGAGAGGAAAAAGCAGGGAGCCAGUGGCUGGAGGGUCAGUCUCAUCAAUGAGAGAUUCGACGUAGCCACCAGCCUUUCCCGUUACUUCUGGGUCCCUAUCCGAACUCUGGACAGUGAGGUCAGGAGAGCCUUUGGCCACUUUCAUCAGGGUCGUGGACCGCGCCUGUCCUGGCAUCACCCUGGGGGGAGUGAUCUUCUCCGCUGUGGAGGCUUCUACACAGCCAGUGACCCUAACAAGGAGGAUAUCAGAAUAGUGGAGUCCAUGCUCCAGGCUGGGCAUUCUGAUGUUGUCCUGGUAGACACUAUGGAUGAGCUGCCCAGUCUUGCAGAUGUCCAACUUGCCCACCUGAGGCUGAGGGCCCUCUGUCUGCCUGAUUCACCUGUAGCUGAGGAUAAAUGGCUCUCUGGCCUGGAAGGGACACGAUGGUUGGACUAUGUCAGGUCUUGUCUUCGAAAGGCCAGUGACAUCUCAGUCCUGGUGACAUCUAGAGUUCGCUCUGUAGUACUUCAAGAGCGCGGUGAUCGUGAUUUCAAUGGCCUCCUCUCUUCACUCGUCCAGCUGCUUUCAGCCCCUGAAGCUCGAACACUGCUUGGCUUCCAAUCACUAGUACAGCGAGAGUGGGUGGCAGCUGGACAUCCCUUCCUGACCCGACUUGGGGGAACGGGGAUCGGUGAGAAGGCCCCAGUGUUUCUCCUCUUCCUGGAUUGUGUGUGGCAGCUCCUCCAGCAGUUUCCUGCUGAGUUUGAAUUUUCGGAGUUUUUCCUUCUCGCUCUUCAUGACAGUGUCAGGGUUCCUGACACCCUUACAUUCUUGAGAGACACUCCCCGGGAGCGUGGAAAACAAAAUGGACAGUUCAACUCCUGUACACAAGUCUAUACCCCAGGGUACUCCCAGCUCCCCACAGGGAGCUCUGUUGACCCACAGCUGUCUGUCUGGGACUGGGAUUUACGCUAUAGCAAUGAACAGAUUCUCCAGUUUCAUAAUCCUGGCUAUGACUCAAAAUACUGCCCAGAUUCCUGGCUCCCUAGACAGCAGCCAAGCUUCAUGGUUCCUAGACGCCCCAGUUCUGUAUGGCUCUUCUCUAGAGGGGCCUUGACUCCCCUGAAUCAGCUCUGUCCUUGGCGGGACAGUCCCUGCCUGCUGGCAGUCCCUUCUCGUUGGCUCCCUCGACCUGCUAUUUCUUCGGAAAGUCUGGCUGAUCAGGAGUGGGGGCUCCCCUCACAUUGGGGAGCCUGCCCUUUACCCUCGGGGCUGUUGCUGCCUGGAUACCUGGGACCCCAGAUCAGACUCUGGAGACGCUGCUACCUAAGGGGAAGGCCUGAGGUUCAGAUGGGCCUCUCAGAUCCCACAAUAACUGGCCUCCAGGAUGAGUUAGCCCAUCUUCAGGAGCUAUUAAGGAAAUGGACACCAAGAAUAUCUCCUGAGGAUCACUCCAAGAAAAGAGACCCAAAUUCCAAUCGCGCUGAAAUUGCUGGCUUUGUCAUGGGCAGGGAGAAAAGUGGUCCAGCGUAAGGGAGGGUACCGUCUAAUCCUUUCCAUUCUUCCUAUCUGGUCUUGCUGCCUCAGCUUUCACACCCCAGCCUUUGAACCACAUCCCUGACUUGAACCUCCAACUCUUGCUCUGUCAGGUUUGGUUCCUCAAGAAUUUAUAUAUGUAGUUUCUUGUGAUUUGAAGAAUUAAGAAACAAAAACAACCCAGAACAUGACCACCUCUUUUUUCAAAGCAAUUCCAUCCCUUUUGUAUAUCCAGAUGUUGUGAGAUCAGUCUCAACAAGGACAGCCUUACAAACCUCAUUUUUACCCCCUUACCACUUCUUUAAUUCCAUUUUCUACUUCUUCCCUUAUAGCUUCCUAUGGGUAUGGAGUAGAUAUGGGGGGCAUCUUGUCUCUUCCAAUUGUAUAUUUUUGUAGCGACAUUUCUAUUUAAGGGUUUCAUUAAAGCACAGUAUUUAUACGU